AUGGCAAAAGGUGCCCCUAGCUGUCGCAUACGCGGGAAGGGGGGUAAAGCUGAUGAUACUGUGCCAGUGCGGAAGUCCGCGCUGAAGAACCCACUCAGAAAGCCAAAAGAGUCAAAAGAAAAGCCUCAGCCUCAGAAGAAGUCUGAGAAGAAGAACGCAAAGGAAGAGAGGCCACCAGCGAAGCAGAAGGAGCAUGGCAAGAAGCAAAAGGCACAGAAGAAGACUGAGAAGAAGGUGAAGGAUGCAAAAGACGGCGAAGAGAAGACAAAGAAGGAGAAAGAGAAGAAGGAGAAGUGUGACGCAAAGGGGACAGCAGAUGGAAAGGGUCCGGCAAAGGAGAAGACAGAGAAGGCCAAGGAAAAGAAGGAGGUAGCAAAGAAGAAGGCCGAUGAGAAGAAAGAAAAGAAAGGAAAGGAGAGGAAGCAAGAGAAGCAGGAGACGUCAAAGAAAGCUGAGAAGCAGAAAGAGAAAGGAAAGAAGAGCAAGCAGGAGGAUGAGGAGGUGAAGCACAAGAGAAGAGAAAAGCAAGAAGAGGAUGGCAAGAAGAAGAAAGCCAAAAAACAGAAAGACCAGAAGAGCGACGCCACCAGCCCAGCCACUACAGCCCCAUACACACCAGUGCGUGGGAACAAGGCUCUGGCUGACUCUCAAGUGAGUGCCACCGCCAGCGAACCACCUAGCGCAAGUGUCUUUCAGGAUUUGGCCGACUUUGAGGAGGCAAAGAAAAAUGCACAGAAAAAGGGGGUGUCGCUUGAGGAUUAUUUGGCUGGCCUUUCAAGCCUAGAGCUUGAAGAGGUGUUAGAAAGCCAUAUGAAGCAACUUUGCGCAGAAACAAAUCAAAAGACUGAAGAUGAUGAGGAUGAAGGGGCAGCGGAUGGAGACGACAGCAUGAAUGAGGAAGAAGAUGGAGAGGAGGAGGAAGAGGAGGAGGAGGAAUCGGAGGAGGAUGAUGAAGAGAAGGGCGAAGGAAGUGAGGCGGAGGACUGCGACGAAGAAGAUGAAGACAAGGAGGAGAAAGAGGAGGAGGAAGAUAACCAAAAAGAAGAGGAAAUGGAAGAAGGAAUUGGUGGUGAUGAGGAUGCUGAAACGGAAGAAGACAGCUCAACUUCUUCUGAUGAGAGCUCGUCAGGUGAGGAUGAUGAUAGCGAAGAUGAAAGAAAAGAUGGGUCAAAAUGCACAGCCAUCGUUGCUGUCGCCAAAGAUGCAGAGAAGAAAAGCAUGGAUCUGGCUAACGCCAACAGCGUUACACACAAGAAUGAAUGGAACCAGUUCCACCGCCAGUGCCUGAACAGAAAAGUGUUUCCAGCGGCGCUGGCUUCCAACUUUUUGGACCACAAGCUUGACCUGUUCCGUGAAUGGCUCAAAUGUGGUGGAGAGUGGAAGAAGGUGGAGCUCAACAUUGAGCGUCGGGUGACAGAGUCGAGAAAGAACAAGAGGAAAGCCAAAGAGUUGGUUGACCGGCUUCGCUCCAAAGAGAUGUACGAGUACGAUGAAGACUUUGAGAAGGAUGAAGAGAUCUGGUGGUACGUGCAACAGGGAGGCGAAGUGUCAAAGGAGACAAAAUGUCAGGAGUCCUUUGGAUUCAAUGUGAGGGACAAACAUCCUGAUCCACAAAUCAUGAGUGUGCUCACAGGUGAAGGGGGCCCACUUGCACCAGGGGCAUGCCCUGGUCUUUCCAAUGUUUCUGAGAAGGGUGAAACGGCUGUGCACGGGGCUCUGAGCCAACAAGCAACCUUGAAGCCAAAGAGGAAAAGCAAAGGGAAGAAUGGUGAAGAAGAAAAGGCAGAAGAGAUGAAACCAAAGACUCCAAAAGAAGAAGCAAAUGAGAAAAGGGGAGAGAUUUUGAAAGCCUCAGCGGACGCGAGGAAAUAUGCUAUUUCGCUGAAGCAGUUGAACUACGCAGGGGAGCUGGUUGCCGGGCUCCUCAAAUUCUCGGACGCAAUGGAAAAGAUCUAUGGGGAGAUGUCUACUCUCAUUUCUUCGGGGGUUGAUGGAGCGAAGAAGUACAAGAGUCUUAUGAGCACAGCGGAUUCGCAACUGGCAUGGUACAAACAAGCUGAGGCCAGGUUCACUGUCUCGGUUCAACACUUCCAAGUAUUUCCACACAUCCCUUCUAUACUAUAUAGUGCACUGGGAAAGCUUUGCAAGUUCAAUACAAUCCCUCUUGUCGCUGCCUCCCAUUCAGUUGUUUCAAUCCCAGUCUUACUUUACAAGUCUCGACUAGACAAACGACAAACGACAAGCCCUUACCAUGCUAUCUGUGGCAGGCAGCGGCGAAGGGACUCCAGAGCGGAAUGCGAGAAAAGAAGUCAUCAAAGACAAAGAAAGGCAAGAAGGAAGAAAAGGCUGAGGAUUGAAGAGCGAACGUCUUGUCUUAGGGGUCUUAGGGGUAGAUCCAGGAACAGUCACGCAAAGCAUCCAAAGGAUUCCGAAAAGGGUCCAGGGAGCGAUGCUACCUGCGAGGCAUAG